GUUUAGGCUGGAUAUUAGAAAAAGGUUCUUCACACAGAGGGUGUUUUGGGCACUGGAACAGGCUCCCCAGCACCAAGCCUGACACAAUUCAAGUGGUUUUUAGACAACCGUCUAAGGCACACGGUGUGACGCUUGGGGCUGUCGUCAGGAGUUGGACGCAACCAUCCUUGAAUAAUGUUUCCAACAUGUCUGUGCAGUCGCUGCUUUGUGAAAGAAUUGCUGUUGCCGAAGACUUGAUUAAGAGAGCGGAAGCCCUUUCCAAGUCCCAGAAAAGAAGAAUAGAAGGUGUGGCAAAGCUAUGUAGCAAACUGAAGGCUGAGCUUAAUUUCUUACACAAGGUAGAGGCAGGGAAAGUGGCCAUUAAAGAAUCCCAUCUGCAGAGUACAAACCUUACCCACCUCCAAGCCAUUAUUCAGUCAGCAGAGAACCUGGAGGAUGUUGUCAGUGUCCUCCAUGUCUUUGCUUACGAGGACAGGUUUGGAGACAAACAGACGCUGGUGGUAGAUGUUGUUGCAAACGGAGGUCACACGUGGGUGAAGGCCAUUGGUCGUAAAGCUGAGGCCCUGCACAACAUCUGGCUGGGAAGAGGCCAGUAUGGUGACAAAAGUGUCAUUGAGCAGGCAGAGGACUUCCUGCAAGCAAGCCGUCAGCAGCCAGUGGAGUACAGCAAUCCUCACAUCAUCUUUGCAUUCUACAACAGUGUGUCCAGUCCUAUGGCAGAGAGGCUCAAGGAGAUGGGAAUAUCUGUGAGAGGAGACAUUGUUGCUGUGAACUCACUAGUAGAGCCAUCUGCGGAAAACGAGAAUCUCAGCACCAGUGAAUCAGAUGAAGAAGGCCCUGAACUCCUGCAGGUGACCAGAGUAGACCGUGAGAAUUUAGUGGCCAGCAUUGCUUUCCCUACCCAGAUCAAAGUAAAUGUCUGCAAUAGAGUUAAUCUGGACAUCACUACCUUAAUAACCUAUGUCUCUGCAUUGAGCUAUGGUGGCUGCUACUUUGUCUUCAAAGAAAAAGUACUGACAGAGCAAGCAGCCCAAGAAAGAAGGGAGAGAGUCCUGCCUCAGCUGAAGAAGUUCAUGGAGGGAAAAGAGCUCUUUGCCUGUGAAUCUGCUGUCAGAGAUUUUCAGUCCAUCUUGGAAACGCUGGGAGGACCUGGAGAGAAGGAGCGAGCUGCAUUGCUUGUUGAAAGAAUUAACGUGGUGCCAGAUCAGCCCUCUGACCGUGCCUUAGGACUAGUGGCUAGUUCAAAAAUCAACAGCCGCUCUCUAGCCAUUUUUGGAACAGGAGACACUUUAAAAGCCAUCACCAUGACUGCAAAUAGUGGGUUUGUGAGGGCAGCGGCAAACCAAGGUGUCAGGUUCAGUGUUUUUGUCCAUCACCCACGAGCAUUGACAGAAAGCAAAGAGUCUUUUGCCACACCUCUACCAAAGCGCUGCCCAUCUGAUAAUGGAGUAUAAGUCAUUAAAUGAGUUAGUAAUGGAAAUACUGCAGGUACUGCAGUGGAGGCAUUUGCAGAAACAGAAGAAUCAUAAUAAUACACUUUUGGGUGUGUAUCAAUGAUGACAGCAACUAACAGUGGAAGAGCUCUUCAAGGGAUUUGUAAUAUCUUUACUCCUUCCUUGAGGUUCUUUUUGGCCAGCUGACCAUUAAUUUAUUCACUAAAGAAUAAGAAUUCAAUGUAAUUCGUUAACUGGCUUAGAAUGUAUUAAUUGUACCCAUCCCCAUUAAAAAGUUCAGUUAAAAUACA